UAUUUUCCCCUUGAGAAGAAACUUAAAAUAAUAGGGAAAACUAAUUUUUGCAGCUGUUGAGAAAGUGAAUUUAAUUUAAUAAUCUCAAAUAGUCAAUUUUGAUACAGUUACGCGGUAAUAUUGCUCAACUAUAUUGGCGUGCCGAUUUCUCUCACUUCAGUUCUUCCUCAUUUUUUUCAAGUCUUAUCUUCAACUAAAUUAAGCUACACCUUUCAACUUUGAUAUUCCACAAACAAACAAUCUUUCUACUUAUCAUCUUUGAUUGAUUCUUCUUUUAUGAUAUUUUAUUUUGAUUAUUUGUUUAUGUGGUAAACUCAUAAUCUCGGUGGUCACUAAUUCUGGUCAAUUUACAGCAAAAUUCAGGGGAUUUCUUGGGUUUUAUUACUAAAUUUGCAAUCAUAUUUCUGGGUUUUCAUUUAUCGGGUCAUUUGGGUUUUCCAAAUUUCCAAUUUUGAUCAGUUGGUGUAAAAAUAAUCUUGUUUUUGUUAACCCAAAACCCUAAAAUUUCCCCCAAAAUUUCGAAAUCAAAGAUUUUGGAUCAUUUUUACACUUGAAUCACAAAAUCCCAGAUACCCUUUUUGCAUAAGUUUGGAAGCAAAUCUUCAUUGUAUAGGUUUGAGCAGGAUCAAAUAAGUUUUUAUUUCUUCAUAAAGUUUAAAGUUUUAGGGGCAGCUUAGAAAUUGAAUUUGUUUUUUUGGGAAAAAAAUGACCAUUGGUAAGAUGGAGUCGAAGAGAGAGAGAAAAUCAAAGAAAUCGAAGCAAGUUCCAGAUGAGAAUGCCCCUUUGUUACCCACAAAACGUGAACACGAAGCCGGAUUUGAUGAGUUUAAUGGGGCUUCAUUUUCUGGGGCAGUCUUUAAUUUGUCCACAACAAUUAUUGGAGCAGGAAUUAUGUCUUUGCCUGCUACUAUGAAGAUCUUAGGUCUUGGUCUUGGGAUUUUUAUGAUCGUAUUUAUGGCUUUUUUGACCGAGAAAUCAAUUGAAAUGUUGCUCAAGUUUAGCAGGACUGGAAAGUGUUCCUCUUAUGGUGGUGUUAUGGAAGAUGCAUUUGGAAAAGUUGGUAGAAUUUUGCUGCAAGUUGCUGUUUUAGUUAACAACAUUGGUGUUCUUAUAGUGUAUAUGAUCAUCAUAGGUGAUGUGCUCUCAGGAACAUCUGCCAGUGGAAUUCAUCAUGCUGGUGUCCUAGAAGGUUGGUUUGGAGAUAAUUGGUGGAAUGGCCGGUUCGCUGUUCUCCUUAUCACAACUCUGUGUGUGUUUGCUCCAUUGGCUUGCUUCAAGCGUAUUGAUUCUCUGAGAUAUACAUCUGCAUUAUCAGUUGGGCUGGCUGUUGUAUUUCUUGUAAUUAUGGUGGGAAUUGCGGUUAUUAAGUUGGUAAGCGGCACUGUGAUGAUGCCCAGAUUGCUUCCAGACAUUACUGAUUUUAAUUCAUUCUGGAAACUCUUCACAUCCGUUCCUGUUCUUGUCACAGCGUAUAUUUGUCACUACAAUGUUCACUCUAUUGACAAUGAACUCGAGGACUCUACCCAAAUAAAAUCUGUUGUACGAACUGCACUUGGACUCUGUUCUUCUGUAUAUGUAAUGACAAGUUUAUUUGGGUUUCUUCUCUUUGGUGAUGGAACUCUGGAUGAUGUCCUUGCAAACUUUGAUACUGACCUCGGAAUACCAUUUGGUGCCGUGUUGAAUGAUGCUGUUCGUGUCAGCUAUGCUGCACACUUGAUGCUUGUUUUCCCCAUUGUCUUCUAUCCAUUACGGAUCAAUAUCGACGGCCUUUUCUUCCCCUCAUCAAGUCCUCUGGUUCACAGCAACAAGAGAUUCUCUUUGAUUACCAUCGUCCUUAUAACUCUUAUAUUCCUCGGAGCAACUUUCAUACCAAGCAUCUGGGAUGCUUUUCAGUUUACUGGAGCAACUGCUGCUGUUUGUCUUGGGUUUAUCUUUCCUGCUGCUAUUAUCUUAAAGGACCGGUAUGCCAUUUCCACAACCAAAGAAAAAUCCUUGGCCAUUUUGAUGAUUGUCCUAGCAGUAUUCUCAAAUGUUGUAGCAAUAUACAGUGAUGCCUAUGCACUAUUCAAGAAGAGUUCUGUAACCAGUAAAACUUAAACGGACACUUGACGCUCCAUUUAAGUUAACUGGGCGCAAAGCAGAGCAUAGACUCUGUCCUGUUUCCCUGAAAUCAUCGAGAUGACUUGCUCUUAGGUUAUCGAGGGGUACAGCAUAGAGCAAAUGCGGCUCGUUAUGUGAACAGGAAGUUGCUCAUUGUGAAACUGUGUAAUCUUAUAUCCUACCAGUGAUUGUUGUGAUGUACUGAUUAGGAUAGUGUUUAUAUAUAGUCUGCAAAAUAAAUAAAUAAAUUCAAUGAGAAUAUCGGUAUUGAUUGUACUUUAUAUUGUAAACCGAAGGAGAGGUAUGUGAACUUAUAAGAAGCCACCUUCAACUGGUGGUUCGAAUGGUUGAUCUACCAAGUAAUUAUUUGUUCUUGUAGUAUAUUUGAACUUUGCAUUUGAAGGCCUAAAUAUGUAAAUUUGCAAGCUUUA